AUGUAUCUAACACGGUUGAAUAUAAAUUUUGUUGAUAAAAUAUUUGAAAAUAAGUUUUAUAAAAAUAUUAUUAAACGUUAUUAUUUUUAUAAUAUAAAACACAGUCAAAAAAAAUUUUUUUUUUCUUUUUUUAUAUCUAAUAGUAUAAAAAAUAAAAACAAUUACAAUAGUGAUUGUCGUGAAUUUCUAACAUUUAACACAUAUCACUAUCAGAAAACUCCAAAAUAUAAAAUAGAAUCCUUGAAUUUCUCAAAAACAAUAAAAAAGUUUUAUAGCACUAAUAAUAUAAAAAAUUUUAAUAUUUCUUUUUCUAAAUUUGAAAAAAUGUCACUUAAAGUUCCACAAGUAAUUAAUCUCGAUCCAACUGUUUUACCAGUAAACUACACGACUCCAAUUGAUGAUAUAGAAAUUGUAUUAAAAGAUGGAAUAAAAGAAAGUUGUAAUUUUGAUGAUGGAUUAGCAAUAUUUUUAGUUAACUCUAAAUCUGAAAAAGAUAAUGGAAAUACAAAAAUAAGUUCACAAAUUAAGGAUAGUAAAAUAAAUGAAUUUUUAUCAAAAAAUGAUGAUAUUUUUAAUGGAAAAUUAGGAACAUUUAAAAGCUUUUAUAUGGCCAAUGAAAAAAAUAAAUAUAUAAAUUUAUCUUUUAUUAGAUGUGGAACAAUUGAUGAAGAAAUGACAGAAUUUGAAAUUCGAAAAAUAGUAUCUAGUUUAGUUCAAAUAUUACAUGAUAAUAAGUCUGUAUCUACGUCUAUAAUAUUUGAAAUAGGAAUAAAUGAAUCAUUAUUUCGAUUCUUUUUAGAAACAGUUUUUUAUGAAUAUGUAGUUGAUGAGAGAUUUAAAUCAAACGAUAAUAAAAGUUCUGGAAACUCAGAAAAUAUGAAAAACUUACAAAUAUUUUUAAGAAAUUAUAACAAUAAUUAUAAUAAGCAAGUUAAAAAAUCUCGAACAUAUUUUAUGGGUACAUAUUUUGCAUCCCAACUUAUUUCAGCUCCGUCAAAUUAUUGUAACCCAGUUUCUUUAGCAAAUGUAUCUGUUGAAUUAGCAGAAAAAUUAAAUCUAGAAUGUAAAAUUUUGGGAAUAAAAGAACUUGAAAAUUUAAAAAUGGGGGCAUAUUUAUCAGUAGGAAAAGGUAGUAUGUAUCCAAAUAGAUUUAUCCAUUUAACUUAUAAAGGAAAAGGAGAUAUUAAAAAGAAAAUCGCAUUGGUUGGGAAAGGUAUAACUUUUGAUUCAGGGGGAUAUAAUUUAAAAGCUUCGCCAGGAUCAAUGAUUGAUUUAAUGAAAUUUGACAUGAGUGGAUGCGCAGCUGUUUUAGGAUGUGCUUAUUGUAUUGGAUCUAUAAAACCAGAAAAUGUUGAAGUUCAUUUUUUAAGUGCAGUAUGUGAAAAUAUGGUUUCUAAAAAUUCUUAUCGACCUGGUGAUAUUAUAACUGCAUCUAAUGGGAAAACUAUUGAAGUAGGAAAUACAGAUGCAGAAGGAAGAUUAACAUUAGCAGAUGCAUUAGUAUAUGCUGAAAAUAUUGGUGUUGAUCAUAUUAUCGAUAUAGCUACAUUAACAGGUGCUAUGUUAUAUUCAUUAGGAACAAGUUAUGCUGGUGUUUUUGGAAAUGAUAAUAAGUUAAUUAACAAAAUAUUAGAAUCGUCUAAGAGUUCUAAUGAGCCUGUAUGGUGGUUACCAAUAAUUAAAGAAUAUAGAGCAUCUUUAAAUUCAAAAUAUGCAGAUAUAAAUAAUAUAUCAUCAAAUGUUAAGGCAUCUUCUGUUGUUGCAUCUUUAUUUUUGAAUGAAUUUAUUCAAUCUACAUCUUGGGCUCAUAUAGAUAUUGCUGGUGUUGCCUGGAAUUUUAAAGAUAGAAAGCCAAAAGGUUUUGGAGUUCGACUUUUAUCUGAGUUUAUAUUAAAUCAUUCUAUUUAA